AUGGAUAUUGCAACAGGUCCGGAGUCACUGGAAAGGUGCUUUCCCACGAGAAAUCAGUCCGAUUACUCUAAGAUGCUGGACGGUAUUAAAAUAGAAGACCAUCCCCUACGAUCGGGACCGGCUACAUUGGGAGUUAUGCUCGGGACGGAGUGUCAUCACCAGGCGGUUUGCGAGGGGUGCCAGCGGCCCAUAUCCGACCGUUUUCUGAUGCGCGUGAACGAGUCUUCAUGGCACGAGGAGUGUUUGCAGUGCGCCGCGUGUCAACAGCCGCUCACCACCAGCUGCUACUUCCGGGAAAGGAAACUCUACUGCAAGCACGACUACCAACAGCUGUUUGCCACUAAGUGCAGCGGCUGCAUGGAGAAGAUAGCGCCGACGGAGUUCGUGAUGCGGGCGCUGGAGUGCGUGUACCACCUGAGCUGCUUCUGCUGCUACGUGUGCGACCGGCAGCUGCGCAAGGGCGACGAGUUCGUGCUGAAGGAGGGGCAGCUGCUCUGCAAGAGCGACUACGAGAAGGAAAAGGACCUGCUCAGCUCCGUCAGCCCCGACGACUCCGAGUCGGAAAAAAGCGAUGACGAAGAUUUGGACAUCAAGCCAGAGAAGGGAUCGGGAGGUCAGGGGAAGGGCGAGGAUGGGAAGGACCCGCGGAGGCCGAAACGGCCGCGCACCAUCCUAACCACACAGCAGAGGCGGGCCUUCAAGGCCUCCUUCGAGGUGUCCUCAAAACCCUGCCGGAAGGUGCGAGAAACCCUGGCGGCUGAGACCGGCCUGAGCGUCCGGGUGGUACAGGUGUGGUUCCAGAACCAGAGGGCCAAGAUGAAGAAGUUGGCCCGGAGACAGCAGCAGCAGCAGGAGCAGCAGAACUCUCAGAGGCUUGGUCAAGGUGAGCCGAACGCUCUAAGACAGGCACAGAUGGCCCACGGCGACAGUUUCAAUAACCAGGUGAUGUCCAAUCGGAUGGAAGGGAUGAUGAACUCCUACACGCCAUUGGCCCCCCCGCAGCAGCAGCUGGUGGCCAUGGACCAGAACGGCUACAGCACCGACCCCUUCCAGCAGGGCCUCACCCCCCCACAGAUGCCGGGGGACCACAUGAACCCAUAUGGGAACGACUCCAUUUUCCACGACAUCGACAGCGACACAUCCUUAACCAGCCUCAGUGACUGCUUCAUGGCGUCGUCCGACGUCGGCUCCCUGCAGGGCCGGGUGGGAAACCCCAUCGACCGGCUUUACUCCAUGCAGAGCUCCUACUUCGCCUCCUGA